AUGGAGGGAAGAGCAAUAACAUCAAAAGAAAUAAAAAAUGCAAUGGAUCAAAUGAAAAGUGGAAAAGCUACGGGAAGUGAUAACAUCGCAUUUGAAUUAGUUAAUGCGUUAGAUGAUUUUGGAAUAGAAAAGAUCACAGAAAUAGCAAACAUUGUAUACAAUGCAGAAAACACAGAAAAUGUUCCUGAAGAAAUGUUGGAAUCAAUUUUCAUAGCUUUACCUAAAGAGUCUGGGACAACAGUUUGUGAACGUCACAGGACUAUAAGUUUGAUGAGCCAUGUUACAAAGAUUAUUUUAAGAGGGGUAUUAAAUCGUAUAAAAGAACCUAUCAGGGAAAAUAUCUCAGAUAACAGUUUGGCUAUAGACCAGGAAAAGGGACAAGAAAUGCAAUUUUAUGCUUAA